AUGCAGACUGCUUCUACAAACAUUUUUGAAAGGCUGUGCAAUAAGUCCAUCCAUGAAAUUUCCUUGUUACUAAAUAUUCCACGAUCAACUGUUAGCGGUAUUAUAACAAAGUGGAAGCAACUGGGAACAAAAGCAACUCAGCCACAAAGUGAUAGGCCACAUAAAAUGACAGAGCUGGGUCAGCGCAUGCUGAAGUGCACAGUGCACAGAAGUUGCCAACGGUCUGCAGAGUUAAUAGCUGAAGACCUCCAAACUUUGUGUGGCCUUCAGAUUAGCACAACAGUGCGUAGAGAGCUUCAUGGAAUGGGUUUACAUCGCCGAGCAGCUGCAGCCAAGCCUGGCAUCCCCAAGUGCAAUGCAAAGCGUUGGAUGCAGUGGUGUAAAGCACGCUGCCACUGGACUCUA